CAAUCCUCAAAGGAUUCUGACUUGCUUUGUCGGAUAAGGCCAGCUAGCUAUAAGGUUGCCAUCCUGCUGUACUCUCUCUCUACUACCUAUUUGAUAAAAUGCUAAAGCCAAGCACGCUGUUAGUCAAUUUAGCUCGACAGCAGGCACCAACCUUCAGGCGCUGCUACACGCGCGAAGCCAGUCGGCCUACACGGAGCACCGUCUUCCGCACAGGUGGCCGUGCCAAUAGCAUCAUUGUCUUUGUACCCCAGCAAUCCGCAUAUAUCGUCGAGCGAUUCGGCAAAUAUUCACGCACACUUGCGCCUGGUCUUGCUUUUCUCUGGCCUGUUAUUGAUAAGAUACCGUAUGCAAAGAGUUUGAAGGAGGUUGCGUUGGAGGUACCUUUGCAGUCUGCUAUUACUCUGGACAAUGUCACGCUCGAUAUCGAUGGUGUGCUUUACUACCGAGUCGUCGAUCCCUUUAAAGCGUCGUAUGGCGUGGAAGACGCCGAGUACGCCGUGACACAACUCGCACAAACCACUAUGCGCUCCGAAAUUGGUCAAUUGACACUCGACAAUUGUCUUCGCGAACGUGCUAGUCUCAAUCAUCACAUCUCCACAGCCAUUAACAGUGCGGCUGAAGCAUGGGGUGUUGAAUGCUUGCGUUAUGAGAUUCGCGAUAUUCAUCCACCAAAGAAUGUGCUGCUUGCCAUGCACCGACAAGUCUCUGCUGAACGUUCGAAACGUGCCGAGAUCCUUGAAUCAGAGGGACAACGACAGUCUGCCAUCAAUAUCGCUGAGGGACAGAAGCAGAGUGCGAUCCUUGCUUCUGAGGCUGAAAAGGCACGUACGGUGAAUGUUGCUGCUGGUAAUGCCGAGUCUGUGAUUCUUGCUGCUGAAGCAUCGGCCAAGGGACUCAAGGCCAUUGCAGAGACGAUCCAAGCACAAGGAAAAAGUGGACAGGAUGCAUUGGCACUCAAAGUUGCAGAGCAGUAUGUACACGCUUAUGGUCAGCUGGCACAGAAGGGCACCUCUGUCGUUAUUGGCGGCGGUCUGAAUGACUUGAGUGGUGCGAUUGCUUCUGCCAUGUCCAUCUACAGGACUGUCAGCACUGCUAGAUCCGAGCAACCGGUGCAUGAGCGUACACAAGAGCAGCCGAAUCGCGUCAAGGAACGUGUUGACCGGGAAAUGGCCGAGCUUGAGCAAAAGUCUGAGAAGGAGCUCACUGAGCGCGUUUAAUCUAUCCACUAGUCUUAGCAUCACUCCCCUCAAUCACUCGGUGAUGCAAAAACAUCUAUCCUGAUCGAGCACCCUCCAACGCCUCGCUGUGAAUCUCCCUAAGGACACCUGUUUGUGCCACUUGACCAAGCCCAAUGGCCUUGGCAAUAUCCGUCAUGCGGCCAAUCUUGCCCUUUGUGCUCUUAUAGUAGGAGACGCGUGUUGCCUUGACCUUGAC